AUGCCUUGCCACUCCUUCAAUUGCUUCCGGGGCCAAGCGUGUGGGAUAGAGAACGGCAGUGGCAAGGCUCAACUUCACACGACCCUGCCGAAAGACGAUGUUAGGCUACCUGUUCGCCUAGUUCCCAUCGACAAUGACGCUCCUACACCAGCGACAGUUUCCAUCGGUGGAUCUUCCAAGAUCUCGCACGAGAAGACGAGAGACCAGCAACAGACUACUACGGCACCAUCCAUUUCGUGCAAGAUGCGGAUACCGCCGAAAUUCGUCAGGCAAUACGAACUCAUACUGGACAAUGCGUUCCUGGGAAACGCCCAAAGACUCGGUCAAAGCAGGAAUGUGACUGAUCCAUUGACUGUUCCUGGGGGAGGCCUUCUCGCGGGCGAGGAGCAGAUGAAGAAAAUGGUCGAGAUCGGUCUGAGAAAGAUACAAAAAGCGAGGUCCACUACCGAAGGAUACGGAAGAAUCUUUGACCUGGUGGCGUCUUUCCAGGCCGUCCUGAACCCGGCCCUGUCUAGCAACACUUGCACUGCUCUGCCUUGGGCUGUUGUGUCUGCCAGCCUCCUAAUCCUUCUUCAUCCCGCGAAAGUGACGAAGGCGCUCUACACCGGGAUUGAGUACGUCGUCACAAGAAUGUCCUGGUACUCCAGCUUGGCCGAGAACCUACUGGCGGAGGAUGCACGCCUACAGAGAUCGCGUUCUGAGCUGAGAGAACGGCUGGUGCGUCUCUACAAGACGCUGCUUCACUACCAGAUGACCGGCGUCUGCGUCUUCUACCGCAACCAGUCUGUUGUCUUUCUGCGCGCUUUGGCCCAGGUCGACGACUGGCCGAGCGACUUGCAAGCGGUGAUGGAAGCUGAAAAGCUGGUCUGUAAGGAUGCAGAGCAGUAUACGAGCAUUCAGUCGAACGAUCUACUGAGCAGCCUUGUGGCGUCCAGAGAGGCGGCGACACGCCACAAAGCCGAGCUACAGAUCGAGCUGCAAAAGAUCAAGAAAGAUCCGCUCGUCGCAGCUUCCUUCGCAUGGAUUUUGCAGAACGAUGAGUAUAAGCGAUUCGUGGACUGGAACGACCCCGACUCGCCGAAGCAACUAUGGAUCAACGGACGAGCCGGCAAGGGGAAGACGAUGCUCCUGAUUGGGAUUAUUGAAGGACUCGCGCAUACCCAAUUGCUUGACCCAGGCGCGCCAGGUGUUGCUUACUUCUUUUGCCAGGCCGAUAACAACCAGAUGAACAAUGCCACGGCAGCGCUCAAGGGCCUUGUCUGGCUCCUUGCUCAGCAACAGCCGAUGUUGACGAGAUAUCUCCUGGAGAGGUACAGAAGCUCGGCUGGCAAGGGAUUCAGCGACGCUCUGUCCUGCACAACCUUGUCUGAAGUCCUCGGCGAUAUGCUGAAAGAUGCGGCUUUGCAACCGGUUGUUCUGAUCGUUGACGCUCUUGACGAAUGCGAAGAAGCCUCGAGAGAGCAGCUUCUCGAUACAAUUAUCAACUGCAGCGACCUUUCGCCGAAGCUGAAAUGGAUCGUCUCCAAUCGACGGCUGCCUGCGAUUGAGCGGAGGCUAUUACAUUUACAGAAUAAGCUUGAACUUCGACUCGACGACCAAGACCUUCGAGAACCCAUUCGAGCGUAUAUCGAUCACAAAAUCGACCAUCUGGAGGUCAUGAAUGAUCAGGAAAAGAAGUGGCGUGCAGACGUCAAGGAAGCACUUCAGCGCCGCGCCGGCAACACAUAUCUCUGGGUCUGGCUGGUCUGCAAGGAACUGAAUGCGGCCGAAGCCCACGACUGGAUGGCCUUGCUCGAAGACAUGCCGAAUGGGUUGGAGCGCCUUUACGACGAGUUACUAGAGCGACUUGACAAGUUGAAAGUACCGCUUGCCACGCGUGCCUGCUGCAAACGAAUCUUGGCGAUAGCCACUCUUGCCUUCCGCCCUUUGACCUUGUCCGAGCUCGCACAACUGGCGAGCCUACCAUCAGAUAAGCCACCAGACAGACUUGUUCUACAAUGCGGCUCGUUCCUCACUCACCGCAACGGAUACGUCCAUCUUAUCCACAAAUCUGCCCAAGACCACCUGGUGAAGAACUUCACGAAGCUGGAAGGCGGAGGUCCGCUGGUCACGCAUGAGGAUAUCAUGGAAAGGUGUCUCGACUGUAUGAAGGGCGACGGGCUCGUCAAAAACAUGUGUGGACUCAAAAGCUACGGUACUGUGCGGAAAGAUGUCGACGCUGUGUCAUUGAGCCAUCUGAACCCAGUGCGUUACGCCUGCCGCUUCUGGAUUCCGCAUCUCGCGCACAGCUCGCGCAAGAUCAAAGAUGGCGAUGUGUUCCAUGAUUUUAUCGAGACGAAGUUUCUCGCCUGGGUCGAAGCCUUGGGUUGGAUAGAAGGAAUGUCACAGAGCUUGCCUUUGUUACACGUCCUGCAGUCAAUGGUCGCUCAGGCUAAUGGCCUUGAGCUACCAGCAUUUCUACGAGAUGCCAAGGGGUUUCUUCUGCGCAAUCGCCACGUUAUCGACGAAACACCACGCCAGGCGUACGCAAGUGCGCUCAUCUUUGCUCCGGAGAACAGCAUCAUCCGAGACAAGUUCCGCAAGGACGUACCAGAAUGGCUUGAUCAUGUCCCCAUCAUGGCGCCUGAGUGGAAUCCUCAGAUCCACAAGUUCGAGCGCUGGAUACAUAAGGUCAACUGCAUCGCUUUUUCCGCCAACAGCGAUGAAUUAGUUGCGGCAACAUACACUGGAUCCGUCAUGUGGUGGGGGGUAGCGACUGGAAGAGAUCGACCGUGCAUCAUAAGAGAGCGUGAUGCACUUCUCCAGGUCGCCCUAUCUCCAGAUUCAACCCUGAUAGCCACGGCAUCAAAGAGAAUGACGAUCAAAAUCUGGAAUGCUUCAUCUGGAGCUUUGCUCCGCACACUGGAAGGCCACGGAGACCAUAUAACCGGAAUCGCGUUUUCGGGCAAUGGCGAAGUCUUGGUAUCGACCUCUCUUGGCACCACCACCAGGCCAUGGUGUUUAGACACUGGCGAAUUGAUCGCGAGGCUCGAGCCCCACGAUAAUUGCGUAUGGACUAUGGCGAUGACGUCCGACUCUACGAAAGUGGCCUCUGCAACCAUCGACCAUGUCGUCAAAGUUUGGAGCAUGGAAACCUGGGAAAAGAUCCGUGAUCUCAAGUGCGACGAUGCUUCUCCGCUUGUGGCCAUGAUGUUUCUGCCAAACAAUGAUGUGCUUGCUACAGCCUCUCAGAGAGGCACCGUCCGGCAGUGGCACGCCGAUUCGAUGAAUCAGUCCCAACUCGAAGACCAGGAAGAGAGUAGUCCUCAUGUCGCGAUCUCGGCAAAUGGCGAACUACUGGCUUCGUACAAGGACCAUAACAUUAGAAUAUUCGAAACCACCCUGGGCGUGCUACUCUGUACGUUCCGGUGCAGCAGUGUACGAGCACUACGAUUCUCUCCCGAUAGCAGUCUACUGGCAUCUGUAGAGUCAACCACCGUUCGCGCAUGGAGCCUCGAGGCUGUGAGGGCCCCGAGGCAUCUCAGUGUGUCGCGAAAGGGGCCCGUACGCUUAGUCCAUAGUGGCAGAGGAUAUGUCAAAAGAAUGGCAUUUUCCUCGGAUUGCAAGCUUCUGGCAUCUUGCACAAAACACCAGCUCUUGGUCUGGGAUUUGCACUUAGGUGGCUCUCCUCGCGAGCUGUGGAACUCGCAGGACAAUGACACCAACAUCGAUGCCCUCGCAUUUGCACCGGAUGGUAAGACCUUGGCAUCAGCAUUGCGCAUGCCAGAUCUCGCCGUGAAGUUGUGGCUUUUGGACGAUGAUACGGCGAAAAUACUCUUGGCAGACAAAAGAUUUAUCGAUGCCCUGGCGUAUUCUCCAGGGGGUGCGUUCCUAGCUUGUCUACAAUACCAUGAGGUCACGAUCCGACAAUCUGGCACAGGGAGCAUUCUGCACAGAAUCUUCUUCGAGCCAUCGAUGUUCGACCAUCUCAACUUCCACGGUGAGCUGCUGAUCGCGUGGUCGCUUGAGCACGAGACGCAGUAUGAAUUGCCCGUCACAGAAGGACCAACGUCACACAUCCAGCACCGAAGGCUCUCUCUGGCGCACAACUGGGUAAUGCUAGGCUCCGAACGGCUCUUCUGGCUACCGCACCAGUACAGAUCCGUGAGUGUCGCGCUUGGUCAUGAUCGUGUUGCGUUCGGUUUAUCGAGCGGCCACAUCGAGAUUAUCCAGGUGCGUGUCUAG